AUGACGGAAUGUUAUUCAGCUCGUUGUCAACAGGAUCGUAAAUUAGCUCGACGAGAAUUUAAUAAAUGGACCAAAAAUGUCUUGCUACAAAUUGGAUUAGAGACAAUAUCAAAAAAUCAUUUUGAGUUCGAUGUGAACAUAUUUCAAGAUAAAGAUGAAGAACAAGUAGCAGUUGAUUUUAAUGCCGAUCAAGAAUGUUUGUUUUGUCUCAAUCGACAAGAAUAUUUAGGCAAACCAGUUGUUGACGACGAAGAAAAUGCACCACUGGACUUAAGUUUAAAGUCAACCACAAGUCAUUCGCCAUUGAUCACAUCAAAUCAUCGAACAAAUGUCAAACAUCGGCCAAUGUUUGAUAUCAAGUCAGAUAUGCCAUCGAUAUAUGGUCAAGAAGAAUUCGAUCGUUUUAUGUCUGAAAUGAUCGCCAGUCAGUUAGAAUUUUCACCUCAAGCGUAUAUGAAUUUGAAUUUGUUUCCAACAUCACCGACAAUUCCGAUUUUACACUCUCAACCACCGAAAAAGAAAAGUUCCAUCUCGCAAGAUAAUCGCAUUGCUCAGUUAGCCAAACAAAUGGCGUACGAACGAAUGCUACAAGAAAUUGAAUCUCAACGUCAUCCGUCUUCAGUCAAUAAGAAAUCAAAGAGUUCAUCUAAUCAUUCAUCAUCAGUUCUCACUGAAUCAUUUCAUGUUAAUCAUUUACUUAAUGAUGUCAUGAUGCGUAUAUUACACGAAAUGUUCGAGAAACAAAAACAGCAGCAGCAAACGGCAACAACAUCUACAUCACAACCGCGUGCGUCACGUAAAGGUGAACUAUUGUUUGUUAAAAAGCAAAAUAUCAACAAUGAUGAACAAUACAAUCCAAAUAUUUUUAACCAUUUUAAUAAUAACAAUAAUAAUAAUAAUCAUCAUAGCAAUAGCAAUGAAAAGUCACAAAAGUGUGUCGACAAGGUCAAUCCUUCGUCUUCAAGUUCUUCAUCCGCAUCGAGUGUCUCAUUGACUAGUUCGUCAUCGAUUCAUAAGAAAAGUAAACAUAAGUCCAAAUCACAUCAGUCAACAUCAUACAUUCCGAAAGGACGAUCGGUGGAUAUUAUAAAUAAUAAUAACAAGGUUAACAUUGGUAAUGAUGGCAAACAAAUCCGUCCAAAACGUGGACAGUAUCGUCGUUAUGAAUCGGAACAAUUAGCUAAAGCAGUCGCUGCGGUUUUAAGCAAUGAAAUGUCUGUACAUAAAGCAGGUUCCUAUUUUGGUGUACCACACUCGACGUUGGAAUACAAAGUCAAAGAAAGGAAUACGAAAACAUCGUCAACAACUAAGCCUAAGCAUGAAUCAACAUCUAUUAAUGAUAAUGAUAGCAAUGUAAUGUCACAAGGCGGUGAUAAUGACGAUGAAGAUGACGAUAAAUCAUCGAAAGGUCUUGGCAGUUGUAUACCGUUUUCAAACAGUAAUCUGAAUGAAGUCGAUGAUGAGAAUGAUUCGAAUGAUGCUGAUGAUGAUCUCGAAGAAUGUCUCAAUUGA